AUGGAUAAUUGGUUUACUUCGGUUCCUCUGGCUGCUGAACUAUUGAAGCCACCAUAUAAGUUCACAGUAGUAGGUACUUUACGAAGUAACAAGCGAGAGAUCCCCAAAGAAAUGGUGAACACUAGAAAUAGACCAGUUGGCACUUCGAUAUUCGGUUUCGAUAAAGAAAUGACUUUGGUGUCCUACAAACCGAAGACAAAUAAGAUCGUUUACCUUCUUUCCACCACACAUGAUCAACCUUCAAUCAAUGCAAAUUCUAAAAAACCAGAAAUUAUUGAAUUCUAUAACUCCACAAAAGGCGCGGUUGAUACAGUAGACCAAAUGUGUUCGAUCAUGAGUACCAGCCGAAAGACCAACCGAUGGCCGCUUUGCUUGUUUUUCAACAUUCUGAAUCUGACUAUAGUGAAUGCAUAUGUCAUCCAUGUCUCUAAUGCGAUACGAAAUGGAACAAAACCCAUGAAAAGGAGGCCUUUUGCUUUACAAAUGGCAGAUGAUCUCAUGAAGCCUUGGCUGCAAAAGAGAUAUCAGACUGUAACUUUGCAGCGAAAUCUGAAGCUCAUCAUCGCAGAGAUCUUGAAAAUUAAUGAUUCUCAGGAAGGUCCUAGUCAUGACGUACCUAAAACGCGAAAAACUUGCAACAUCUGUCCUGCAAAAAAACAUUCCUAG